AUGAAUGAAAUGAAUUACGAUUAUCAUAAUGAAUAUUAUCAAGACCCAUACCUGAAUGAAAUAAGUCAUCACCCUAAUUCAAUUAUAAAUCAAAAUUUUACCCAACCACAAGAUUAUAGAUAUGGUUAUAAUGAUAGUUAUAAUCAGCAAAUAUCCAUGACUUUAUCUAAUCAAAUGUCCAAUCAAAUGUCUACGCAAAUACCUACACAAAUACCUACACAAAUACCUACACAAAUGGCUCCAAACAUGCAAACUUCUACACAACAGACAAUUUAUGAUUACCAAACUUAUUAUGGAUUACAAAGUCCUUUCCAAGAAACUUUUCCUUUAAACGCAGUUGAUGAAGUUGUUCCUGUUAAUGUACCUAUAAAUCAUAUGGGUCAAGUAUCAGUUCCAUUAUCAGCUCCCAUUCGUGCCUCCGUUUCUAUGACUCCCGUUCAAGUGGCUUCCCUUCAUGAUUCUAUUAAUUCGAUACCCCAUAAUAUAACGUCAGCUUCAGUUCCUUCAUUGGUAUCAGUAAAUUCCGUGGCUUCAAUGCAAUAUCUUCCUGAAACUCCAUUACCAGUUAAUUCGUCAUAUUUACCAACUCCAAAAAACACCGAUAAAAUACCCGAUUCUCCAAUGUUUAGAAGUCCGGAAUUCUUCGAUAUAGAUACUAUAGGCACUAUAGAGUCUGUAGAUACCAGUGAAACUACUGAUGAUGAUAAAAAUCUCGAAGAAUUUAUGAGUGAAGAAAUAAAUGAAAUUUUAUCUGACCCCAUAAACUUUUCCCCAAAAAAGAAGAAAAAAAUUCGUAAAGCAAAAUCCUUGCAAGAUUAUUCAUCAAAGUUUUCAUUAAAUUCGAAAUUCUCCAUUAUAAUAGAAAAUGAAGAAUUAAAAAAGGGCAAAUCUACAACAAAUUUAAGAAAAACCCCAAAACCUGAAAUUUCUAUGAAAGAGGGUAUCGUAAAUUUCCUGAUUAAUCCCAAACGUAAAAUAAAACGUUAA